GUUUAGUAAAGCAAAAGCAUGUUACGCCUUACGAUUCUUUGUGCAUUGCUCAGCACUGCAUUCGGUGCGUACAUGUCAACCGAACUAGCUGGACGUAUUGUUGGUGGAGUCGCCACUACCAUCGAAGAGCAUCCUUAUCAAGUUUCACUCUCUACGAAGUUGGGCGGCCAUUUUUGUGGCGGCAGCUUAAUAGCGGCCGAUAUCGUCGUCACUGCCGCACAUUGCUUGCAGAGCUUCAAAGCCACCAGUAUACGUAUACGUGCCGGUGCGACCAACAAUAGACGAGGUGGCCAAGUUAUAAAUGUUGCGGCUGCUAAAUAUCAUCCAGCUUACAAUCCCAGUACAAUUGAAAAUGAUGUGGGCAUACUGAAACUAGCGACGCCAAUCCAAGAAUCCGAGAGUGUUGGUUUUAUAGAGUUGGCUGAGACGACCCCGCCUACUGGCACGCCAGCUGUGGUAACGGGUUGGGGUACCAAAUGUUAUAGUUGGUGCUUGAUACCGCCCACCAUUUUGCAGGCCGUCGAGCUGGAUAUUGUACAGCGUGAAGAUUGCGCUUCCAGCGCCUACAAGUAUGGUGAUCUGAUCAAGGAGAGUAUGGUGUGUGCCUAUGCAUUGAAAAAAGACUCAUGUCAGGGCGAUUCGGGUGGUCCCUUAGUGGCGGAUGGCAAACUUGUUGGUAUCGUAUCCUGGGGUUAUGCGUGCGCUAAGAAAGGUUAUCCGGGUGUUUAUAGCGACGUUGCCACACUUCGCAGUUGGAUAUUGAAUGCAAUAACGGAAAUUUAAGAACAUUUUAAGGAAGCGAUGAUGCGGAAUAAAAUACUUUUUGAAUAACA